UGGCACAUAAUAAAGGAGAGCACAGGAAGAGGGCAGCCAAAAUACACUCUGUUUCAGGUCAGCCCAUCCCUGUGAAUACCAUGCGUAUGUUUUGUCGACGCACCCGUCUAAUAAAGGUGACAGCUUCCUGCUUGCUGAUUGUACUAUUCAUUAAAUCCUACAACAACACAUCACACUUAACUGUGACAGAUGUGGUCAGAGGAGCCACCCUUGGUCUGUUGCCAACUUCCACUUGUUCAUCUGGCUUUUACACUGAUGACGAGCUCAAGCCUCACCUCCAGAGGCCUCCCCAAGAUCCCAGGGAGCCAGGUGCACAUGGCAAAGCCUUUAUGAUGGGUCGAAAGACUGGUGUAGAAGUUGCAGAGAAAUUAAACGGGUUUCAAAAACACCAGUUCAACCAGUUUGCCAGUGAUCGUAUCUCCCUGCACCGUGAUCUGGGUGAAGACACCCGGCCACCAGAAUGCGUGGAACAGAAGUUUCGGCGUUGUCCCGGCCUCCCAACCACCAGCAUCAUCAUAGUGUUUCAUAAUGAAGCCUGGUCCACCCUGCUGAGGACGGUCUACAGUGUCUUGCACACAGCGCCUGCAGCCCUGCUCACAGAGAUCUUACUAGUGGAUGAUGCCAGCACGGAUGAUCAUCUUAAGACCCGUCUGGAUAUCUAUGUGCAGCAUCUGAAUAUAGUGCAUGUUUUACGCCAGAAGGAGAGGAAAGGCUUGAUCACAGCCAGACUGUUGGGAGCGCAGGCUGCACGAGGAGAGGUCCUCACCUUCCUGGAUUCCCACUGCGAAUGCUUCUCUGGAUGGCUGGAGCCUCUUCUCGCUCGGAUAGUAGAGCAGCCUAACGUGGUUGUGUGCCCAAAUAUUGUCACUAUUGACCACAAUAACCUAAAGGUCAAGAAGCCAGUCCCUGCACCGCAAACUCACAGACGAGGGAAUUUUGACUGGAGGCUCACUUUUGGAUGGGAGAUCAUCUCCAAAAAGGAGGAGAAGAAAAGGCCAAAUGAAACAUAUCCUAUCAGAACUCCUACUUUUGCCGGUGGCUUGUUCUCUAUAUCAAAAUCAUACUUUGAGCAUAUCGGGACUUAUGAUGACCAGAUGGAGUUCUGGGGAGGUGAGAAUUUGGAAAUGUCCUUCAGGGUCUGGCAAUGUGGAGGUCAGGUGGAGAUUCUUCCUUGUUCUGUUGUAGGGCACAUUUUCCGCAAUAAGAGCCCUCACAACUUCCCCGAAGGCGGCCUUAUGAUCACCCGCAACCUUGUCCGCAUGGCUGAGGUCUGGAUGGACGACUACAAAUGGGUCUUCUAUCGUACAAAGAGACAGGCUGCCACCAUUUUUCAAAAGAAUUUAUUUGGAGAUGUUUCUGAACGUCGUAAACUCAGGGAGAGAUUAAAGUGCGAGAACUUCUCGUGGUACCUGAAGAACAUUUAUCCAGAGGCCUACGUGCCUGACAUCAAGCCGGUCAUGCACGGACAGUUGCAAAACGUUGGUCGGAAGUGCCGCCUGGAUGUGAAGAAGACAAAAAGGCGAUGGGAGCCUCUUCGAAAGUUCCAAUGUAUAGAUAAGGGUGAAGCACAGUAUUUUGAGUACACAUCCAAGCAAGAGGUACGGCUCAGCGCCGGCAUUCAGUUGUGUUUAAAUGCAAACCCUAGAAGAGCUCGGGUGUCUCUUGAAUUCUGUCAAGUGAAGGGAAACGUAACCACAGCGGGGUCUGAGCAAGUUUGGAUCUACAACACACAGACAAACCAUCUGUUGAACCAGUUGUCGGGGAAGUGUUUGACAUUAUCAGAAGGAAACGUGAUUCUGACUGCCUGCAAAUCCACCGAAGUCAACCAAAGCUGGGUCUUCGUCUGACUCCAGUCAUGGAUGUGAAUAGUAUUUAACAUUUAACUUAAGAUUUAAAAUAAUAUAUCUUAAUACAAUUCUCACAGGCCCUUAUGUAUAUUCAAAGAGAUAUUGGUUCCUGUAAUUGUUCCUCCUGUCCAUACUGGCUGUGAAAGAAUCCCUCCUAGUGCAGCUCAAAUGUAAAAGAUGGGGAAUAAAUCCACAGUCUUCGUUCUGUGCAAAAAUGCCUGUUAAAGUUCAGCCGAAGCUAAUAAGAGCCUUCAGCAGUCUGAUUUAUCAAGUGAUAUCUUAAAAAGUUAUGGCCUUUUUAGCCCGAAGUUCCCUCUUUGGUGUUAAUUUUCCUGCCACAACUCAUAAAGAAAACUCUGUUCCUCGAAGGAAAAAGAGGGAGUUUUGUAACUGUAUGGAAAAUACCCUCUGGGUUUGAUUAACUGAAGCCUCAUAUUAGCUUCGGCUGAACUUUAAAAGGCAUUUUUGCACAGAACAAGGAGUCGCACCAGGAGGGCUUUACGCUUUACGGCCAGUAUCAACAGGAGGAAUCAUAAUAACUCUUUCUGUCGAUGUGCAUUUGGGCAUGUGAGUAUUCAAUUAAAUGAUAAGACUUGUGAUAUUUUAUAUUUUUCUAAUGGUCAACAAAUGCCAUGAGCAGACCAAAAUCAUCAAUGCUCCUAUGACCUAGUAUUGCCUGUGUCAAUGUAUCCUCAUACAAUAUUUGAUAUCUUACGAAAAGAUAUUUUGUUAUUUUUCAUGCAUUUUCCUACGAAUUUCCAGCAACGGGAGAGAUCAGUGCACAAGCACAAGCCCCUGUGGUGUUUAGGCAACAAAACUACUUAGUUAGGUUUAGGAAAAGAUUGUGGUUUGGGUUAAAAUAACUACGGAAGUGGCGUUACUUAAGUACAGAAGUUACAUGACAAAUAAGUCAACAACCUCAAUCAUCUAAAAUGCAGCAGCAAUAUUAAUCCAAAAACAUACAGUAAAAGACUGACAGGGACCACUGCACAAUGAGUAGCCUACUUCUACGUUUGAUAGGCUAUUUCAAGUAAAGUUUUGAAUGCAGGAUUUUUACCUAUAGAGUAUUUCCACAGUGUGGUAUUACUGUAGUAGGGUACUUGAUCUGUAUACUUCUUCCACCACUGGAAAUAGACGAUCGCCAACAUUUUCCUUUAAAACAGACUCCAAAAAUGAGCCUAUCUUUUUUUUUUAAAUAUAUUUUUUUAGGGCUGUCAAAGUUAACGCAAUAAUAAUGUGUUGUUGCAGACUCAGUUUUAAAGCUAAAGUGAAGAUACUGGUGUCGUAUGAAACUAGAAA